ACAUUUAGAUUAUGACAGCUGUCAGAUAUACGUGAAAAUUUAAUCAAGAGUAUUUUAUUGUUAUUCAACAACGUUUUUUCGGGAAAUUACUUAAUUUAAGAGAAAUAGAAAACCUUAAAUCAUGGGUGGCUGGGCGCUGGAAAUCGGCAAAAUGGUGAUGUAUAUCACAUUUCCUGUCGCCAUGUUCCACUACUUCAACCAACCGGCAUAUUUCGAGAAAUGGGUAACACAAAAGAAGCGAGAGAUCUAUCCACCAGACGACGAUGCAGCGGAAGCCGAGAUUAAAAACACCAUCAAAUUCAUGCGACAGAAACGAGACAUAGAAAUGAUGCAAGCGCUGGAUGAAUUCGAAAACAAGCAGAAAAGUUAAAAGUGCUCUCAAAUGCAAUGUUAAUUCGUAUACCGUUCUGUAAAAUGUUUAUUACAUUAAAUCGAUACAUGAGUGGCGGUGUUGUUACAGUUUAUUAGCCAAA